AUGACCGACACACUGCGGUCUGGGCAUCUCUCGGCUGAAAAGAUCAUGAGUCUAUUGCACGAUGCUGAGAAUGAGUACAAACACAGCAAUCCAAAUUCACAGAAUCUACAUGAGAGAGCGAUCACAGUCUUACCGGGCGGCAACACUCGUUCGGUUCUUCACACAGACCCGUUCCCCAUCUACAUGGACCGAGGCGAAGGUAAUCGAUUGAUGGACGUUGACGGUCACGAAUACCUUGAUCUAGUCGGCGAGAUGACGGCUAGUGUCUGCGGUCACUCCAAUCCAGUAAUUCGCGAUGCAAUUAUCUCUACCAUUACCAACACAGGCCUAAACCUUGGUGCCACCACCGCUGCCGAGGUUCGUUUUGCAGAGCAAGUCCGAAGCAGAUUUUCCUCAAUGGAGCGAAUGAGGUUCUGCAAUUCUGGUACAGAGGCGAAUAUCUACGCUCUCAGCAUCGCACGUCAAGCGACUGGGCGAAGUAAGAUCAUCGUCUUCAACGGCGCCUAUCAUGGUGGGGUCUUGACCUUUGUUCAUGGAAUUUCCGUGAACUCUGUUGACAGAGACGACUGGAUUGUUGGAACAUAUAACGAUGACGAAGGAGUACAGCGACUGAUAUCUGAGAACAAGGGAAUAGCUGCUGCAGUGCUUGUUGAGGGGAUGCAAGGUGCGGGCGGCUGUAUACCGGGAUCAGCCAAGUUCAUGCACGCUAUUCAAAAAGCGACGAGCCAAAAUGGUAUGCUUUUCAUCAUGGACGAAGUCAUGACUUCGAGGCUGGCUCCUGGCGGCCUCCAAUCGACAAUCUUGGAUCCCCACGACGGUGCUCCUUUGAAACCAGACAUCACGACUUUGGGCAAAUACAUUGCUGGAGGAAUGACAAUUGGCGCCUUUGGGGGACGCAAGGAAUUACUCUCAACGUAUGACCCUCGCCCAGCCUCCGAGUCGGCAAUGCAGGGAAAGCCGGCUCAAAUGAGCCAUUCGGGUACAUUCAACAACAACACACUCGCGAUGCAUGUCGGCAUAGUUGCCCUCUCAUCCGUGUUCACGCCUGCAGUAUGUACGGAACUUAAUGCUCUUGGGGACUGGUUUCGUCAAGAAUUGUUUGAUAGGUGCCAAGGGUCGAGAAUGACGGUGACUGGAGUUGGGUCGGUGUGUAACAUCCACUUUGGCGCUCAUGAGAAUCAACGCGAGAUUCUCCGGAUUGAGCAUUUGGAUGAGCGGCUCUCGAAGGCUGAUUCUGGCUUGAGGGAUCUCUUUUGGUUUCAGGCUGUUCAGAAGGGGUUCUGGAUGGCUCGCCGUGGCAUGGUGACUUUGACCAUGGGAACUACGAGAUCGGAGCUUCAGGGAUUCAUUGGAUUUGUGGAGGACUUUGCUCGAUCAACUCGCGGUCCCCGGUGCUAA